AUGGCGGCUUUCGGAGCAAAGAAAGACGACGAAAACAAGGAAGCUAGCGAGACUCCUGAUGAACGUAUACAACGGUUGCAAGAAGAGAUGUUGAGAACACAGAGUCAAUAUCAACGAGAAUUGGAAAGGCUCGAGAAGGAAAAUAAGGUGUUGAAACAGCGCCUUCUUUUAGCCGAUCAGGGUGCUGUAAAGCGAUUGAAAAGAUUGAAGCGUUCCCUCAUCGACAUGUAUUCCGAAGUGCUUGAUCUACUCAGCGAGUAUGAUUCUUCGUAUGAUACCGCGGAUAAUUUGCCAAGGGUUGUUGUCGUCGGUGAUCAGAGUGCCGGUAAAACCUCUGUUCUUGAGAUGGUUGCACAAGCGCGUAUUUUCCCUCGUGGAUCUGGCGAAAUGAUGACUCGUGCGCCAGUCAAGGUGACCUUAUCAGAAGGUCCGUAUCACGUAGCUCAGUUCAAAGACUCUUCUCGCGAGUUUGAUUUAUCCAAGGAAGAUGAUUUGAAACAGUUGAGGUCAGAGAUUGAGAUCCGAAUGAGGAAUUCUGUCAAGGAUGGACGUACCGUAUCUCACGACGUCAUAGCCCUCACUGUGAAAGGACCAAAUCUUGCCCGAAUGGUUCUGGUAGACCUUCCUGGCGUGAUUUCUACAGUAACUGCUGACAUGGCCAGGGAGACAAAGGACGACAUAAUCAAGAUGAGUCGCUCUCAUAUGGAAAACCCGAAUGCGAUCAUACUAUGCAUACAGGAUGGCUCGGUGGAUGCAGAACGUAGCAAUGUAACAGAUCUAGUUAGCAGUAUCGAUCCUGCUGGCAAAAGGACUAUUCUAGUUUUAACCAAGGUAGAUAUGGCAGAGAAGAAUUUAACCAAUCCUGACAGAAUAAAGAAAAUUUUGGAAGGAAAAUUGUUUCCUAUGAAAGCGCUAGGCUAUUUUGGGGUAGUGACGGGUCGUGGUAACAGUGCCGAUUCCAUAGAAGAAAUACACAAGUAUGAAGAAGAGUUUUUCGCUAACAGUCAGCUACUGAAAGAUGGUGUACUGAAGCCAUCACAGAUGACUACUAAAAAUAUGUCAUUCGCGGUUUCUGACUGUUUUUGGAGGAUGGUUCGUGACUCAAUAGAGAGCCAAGCUGACGCUUUCCGUGCAACGAGGUUCAACCUUGAAACGGAGUGGAAGAACACUUUUCCACGUAUUCGACAGCUGGAUAGAGAUGAACUGUUUGACAAGGCGCGUGGCGAAAUUCUCGAUGAGAUCGUGAACCUGUCUCUUGUUAGUGCUGAGGAAUGGGAGAAGGCUUUGGAGAAGAAGCUGUGGGACUGUGUUUCCGGUCAUGUUUUCGAUCAGAUUCUGAUGCCAGCAUGGGUUGUAAACAACGCAGGAACUUUCAACACGAUGGUCGAUAUUCGCCUUAAACAUUGGGCCGACAAGGAACUUCCUCUCAAAAGUGUGAAUUGUGGAUGGGAGACAUUGCGUGAGGUUUUCUGUCGACAAGUGAAGCAGGACGGUUCAAAUAAAAGCGACCAAGAUCCAAUAUUUGACCCUUUGAAAGAUGCUGUUAUUCAUGAAGCCAUGUCCACCCAUCACUGGGAUAGCAAAGCGCUGGAUUAUUUGCGUGUCAUCCAACUCAGUGCAAUGGAGGAUCGCGCAGUGCCAGAUAGAAGGUCGUGGGACUCUGCUUGUCAAUUUAUGAGCAAAGCUGCCUCAAGUCGAUUAGCCGUGGUCAAUCAGCAGUUGAAAGAGGCUCGCGGGCCUGGUUUCAUUAAUCGUUGGGUAUUUUGGCAUACUCCAUCAGCAGAUAACCACUUCGCGAGUGCAGUCCAGGAUGAGCUCACACCUAUGCUUGCUAGUGAUACAGAACCCAAGCAGUCAUUGUCUGAUGAGGACGUUCUUGUGAUCAAGCGCAAUCUAGAGACAAAAGGUGUUAUAGAAGUUCCAACAGAAACCGUCCGGCGUCAGUGGAAUCUCAUAUACAAGAAGUAUUUCUUAGAGAAAAUUAUCCAGAACAGCCGCGAUUGCCUAUCCUUGUAUCAGCACUAUCGCCAAGGAUUUAAUGAGGGCGAUAUAGAUUGCCAAGCAGUUGUAUUGUUCCACAGGAUUCAACGAAUGGUGAAGCUAACUUGUAAUGCUCUUCGCCAACAAAUAACAAAUGCUGAGCAACGUAUGCUCGAAAAGGAAGUCAAGGAUGUAUUGGAUGAAUGGUCACAGGAUGCAGAGGUCAAGCGAAAGUAUCUUACGGGACGAAGAGUAGAUCUUGCCGAGGAACUUAAACAAGUUCGUCGAAUACAGGAGAAGUUGGAGGAAUUCAUGGUGCAGCUUCAGCGAGAAAAGUAG